UCAUCUAAUCUAUGCACAUGUCAUUGUGAAAAUUAAAUUGCAAACAAACAACAAACUUGGAAAUAUUUUUGAAUGUUCUAAUUUGAAUGUUACUCCUAUUAAUAAUGAGAUCUAAAAGCUGUCAUGGGAAAUGCAUGUUGCGUUAAAAAGAAAGAAAAGAAAAAAAUUGUCCUACUUUUGGUGGGACUAGAUAAUGCAGGAAAAACCGUUGCUGCAAGAGGUUUGGCAGGCGAAUCAAUUAAUGAUGUUAUUCCUACUGUAGGAUUUCAUUCUGUUAAAAUAAGUUUUAAAAAUUUCGUUGUGAAAGUUUAUGACCUGGGAGGUGCAGCUAAUUUUAGAGGUCUAUGGCCAAAGUAUUUCGUUGAUGCAUAUGGAAUCAUAUUUGUAGUUGAUUCAAGUGAUAUUGAUAGGCUAGAUGAAGCAAAAGAGGUUUUGGAAUCAGUAUUAUCGCAUGAAAAAGUGACAGGUAAACCAUUAUUGUUUUUAGCAAACAAGCAAGAUGAUGAGAAUGCUCUAGAUGAAAUUGAUCUUCAUGAGAAACUGAAUCUAGAGGAUAUGGUGAAUACAUAUCAUUGUCCAACCUUAGUUGAAUGCUGCUCAGCCACAUAUUCAGGAAAAAAAGCUAAAUUAGAUUCUGGAAUAUUGAAUGGAUUCAUAUGGUUAAUGAGUUUUAUCGAUAAGAAUUAUGAAGGAUUACAUACUAGGGUGGUGGCAGAUAUUUCACAACAAGAAGAAAUUGAAAAGAAAUUAAGGGAUCAAAUAAUUAAAAGAAUACAAGAAGCUAAAAAGUUGGAAGAAACGAAUGAUGAGAAUGCUAUUGAACUAUAUUCGGAAUAUGCUAAAAAAAUCAACUCUCACACAGAUAAUAUAGGAAAUGGUUCAUAUAUUUUAAAUUCCCAAAAUACAGAUAACUGUUCUGAAGAACAGUUUCCUCCAGUUUAUUACGGUUCGGUACUCCAAGAAUGUACUCAAAGACCUAGUUCGGCAAGAGAGUUUGUAAGAAAUCAGUUGCAGUUGAAUUGUAAUGGAGUUUCGUUCACUAAACGUAACAAAACACUUCCAGUUCAUCUUAUUGGUGUAAAACUUCCAAAGUCUGCUAGGGAAAGAUCUAAUACUUGUGUGAUACCAAGAAGAAUUCUGAGGUCAGCUGGAGAUAUAAAUACAUCUGUUCAUCUUCCGAAUAUGGUAUUCCCAAAAGAGAAAGCCAAAAAAUGGGGAGGUUUUGACAACAAAAAAUUCAAUGCAAAUAGUCAUUUUCUUCCGUUAGAUAUAAGUCCAAAGGUUCAAAUUCAAAAUGGAGUAUCCUGGAAUAAAUCUGAGGAUGAAAAUGAAAUAAGUUUCAUAAAUAUUAGUUAGUGUAAUUUAUGAAUUUGAGCACAAAUUUGCAAUGUUCUAAUAUUUUUAUAUUGCUUAUUCAAUGAUUUUUAUUACCAAAGAAUGAUACCAAAGAUGCACAAUGUUGAAAUAUUUUUUUAUUUAGUAGUUUUCAAUAAAUUUUCAUAGCCA